AUGAUGCAGAGCGCGGCUGUCCCCACGGAGGGGGCUGUCAAGGGGCUCCCGGAGAUGCUCGGUGUGCCGAUGCAACAGAUCCCCCAGUGUGCUGGCUGCAAUCAGCACAUCCUGGAUAAGUUCAUCCUGAAGGUCCUGGAUAGACAUUGGCACAGCUCCUGCCUCAAGUGUGCAGACUGCCAGAUGCAGCUGGCUGACAGGUGCUUCUCCAGGGCCGGGAGCGUCUACUGCAAGGAGGACUUCUUCAAGCGCUUUGGCACAAAAUGCACAGCCUGCCAGCAGGGCAUCCCCCCAACCCAGGUGGUCCGCAAGGCCCAGGACUUUGUCUAUCACCUGCACUGCUUCGCCUGCAUCAUCUGCAACCGGCAGCUGGCCACGGGGGACGAGUUCUACCUCAUGGAGGACGGGCGGCUAGUGUGCAAAGAAGACUAUGAGACUGCCAAGCAAAAUGAUGACUCGGAGGCUGGGGCUAAGCGGCCCAGGACCACCAUCACAGCUAAGCAGCUGGAGACGCUAAAGAACGCAUACAAGAACUCCCCGAAGCCUGCCCGGCACGUGAGGGAGCAACUCUCCUCCGAGACAGGCCUGGACAUGAGGGUGGUACAGGUUUGGUUUCAGAACAGAAGGGCCAAGGAGAAACGGCUGAAGAAGGACGCGGGGCGGCAUCGCUGGGGCCAGUUCUACAAGAGCGUCAAGAGGACCCGGGGAGGCAGCAAGCAGGGGAAGGAGAGCUCGGCAGAGGACUGUGGGGUUAGUGACAGUGAGCUGAGCUUCCAAGAGGAUCAAAUUCUUUCAGAGCUUGGCCACACCAAUAGGAUUUAUGGCAACGUGGGGGACGUUACAGGCGGACAGUUAAUGAAUGGGAGCUUCUCCAUGGAUGGGACAGGACAAUCCUAUCAGGACUUGAGGGAUGGGAGCCCCUAUGGAAUCCCCCAGUCUCCAUCCUCCAUAUCGUCCCUGCCAUCCCAUGCUCCUUUGCUCAAUGGGCUGGAUUACCCAGUGGACAGUAGUCUGGGCAUCAUUGGGCAUGCAGGGCAGGGAGUAAGCCAGACACUGAGAGCCGUGGCUGGGGGACCCACCUCUGACCUCUCCACAGGAAGCAGUGUAGGCUACCCCGAUUUCCCAACUAGCCCAGCCUCUUGGCUCGAUGAAAUGGACCAUCCUCCUUUUUAGACUCUCCUCCCCACCUUACCUAUCCUCCUGACUUGAGAGAAUGAAUAUCUUCAAGGAUCAAAAGAGAUUUGCCUCUUACGGAUCAA